UUACACGAUUGAUGAUGUAAUGGAUAUUCGAGAGGAAGGCGGGUUUGCUAAAUUUUUGUCAGUUGAUGAUUACAUAAAAUUAUUAUCAAAAAAACCAAAGAGGAAUGUUGAAUUGCCAGAAGGUUGGCGUGAUAUUAUUGAAGAGUAUUUUAAGGAAACGACCGAAAGUGGGUCGAUAAAAAAUAUAUCAGACUGGAUCCGUAUUACAGAAGAGUUGGGAGUUGUAAAAGAGGAGGAUAAAGAGCUAAUAAAAAUAAAAAAAUAUUUGAAUCGAGUUAUGCUUCCAUU